CAUGCGAGCAAAGACAUGCAACCGGCAUGAAAACACAGCCCUUCUCAAGAUUAAGGGUGUUAUCACCAAUGGGGAGACAGAGUUUUACCUGGGCAAGAGAUGUGCUUAUGUAUACAAGGCAAUGAGACUGACUGCAUGCCCAGGACACGACAAGCCUAGCCGCCUGCUUGUAAUCUGGGGUAAAGUGACCCGCCCCCAUGGUAACGGUGGUGCAGUGAGGGCAAAGUUCAGGAAGAAUCUGCCCAACAAAGCCAUUGGCAAACUCAUUAGAGUGGUGCUGUACCCAUCCAGAGUCUAA